GUACGCUCCAGUCGGUUCAGAAAGUUAGAUCGGUUUUCUGAAAGGAAAACGGCAGAAACCUUCGAAUAGUCCGACAAGCCAAAAGAAAAAGCCCGUCGCUUGGCAUAAAAGGCCACGACGCAUACAAUUUGCUAAUUCGAAUAGGGAGGAAUUUAUAAUUGAAGAGUUCAGUGCAUAGGGCAUAAUGUUGCCCCAAUGGAAGCGGCUGCUGUUCGCCGCUGUAAUCUAUGGAGUGCUCGCUAAUGUGAACGCUCAAUUUUGGAAAGAAGCUGGCACCCGUGGAUCCAUACAGGAUUCAAUCAGAUACAACACAAGGGACGAACCAAGGGAGCCCUUGCCGAUAGACCCUAGUUAUGAAAUCAUAGAAAAUCCGCGCGGAGGGCCGCCGAACAGAAACUGCACAGCUGGCUAUGCAGGCUGUGUACCAAAAUGUAUUGCCGAAAAGGGUAACCGUGGCCAACCUGGUCCCGCUGGUCCACCAGGACCUGCCGGUAUGAUUGGCUAUCAAGGUGUGGAAGGUCCUCCCGGCGAUAAGGGUCAGAAGGGUGAUCCAGGUCCAUUCGGAUUGCGCGGUGACAAGGGGGAGCGCGGAACACAGGGCAAGCCCGGAUUACCUGGUGUUGCUGGCGUGCAGGGACCUGCAGGAAACUCAGGCUCCCCAGGUCGCCCUGGCAAAGAUGGCUGUGAUGGUUCAGAUGGUAUGCCUGGUCUGCAAGGCCUUGGCGGAAUGCCAGGCCCUCGUGGUUACCCCGGUACCAUUGGUGCAAAGGGCGAAAAGGGUGAACCAGCUAAAGAUAACAUUGACUACGCCAAGGGUGAGAAAGGUGAGCCCGGCUUUACUGGUAGGGCAGGAUACCCCGGUGCUGAGGGCCCACAAGGUCCUAAAGGUGAUCGCGGUGACACUGGUCCUUAUGGUUCACCUGGUCCACGAGGUGAUCGUGGUAUCAAAGGUGAGAAGGGAGCUUCAUGUUUUGGAACCCCCUUGCCCGGCAAGAAAGGUGACAAAGGUGAUAAAGGAGAACCAGCUAUCCAAGUACCAUGGACGGGAACGCCCUCUUACGCUGGAGAGAAGGGAAGCCAAGGCCAGAAAGGUGAUAUGGGUCCACCCGGAGAGAAGGGCGGUAUAGGACAAGCUGGUGAGCCUGGACAUGAUGGACAAAAGGGCGAAAAAGGUCUGCCAGGCGGCGCAGGCGAUAGAGGUCGCCAAGGUAACUUUGGACCACCAGGACCAUCUGGACAAAAGGGUGAUCGAGGAGAAACUGGUCUGAAUGGUCUGGCCGGCCAACCAGGCCUCAAAGGUGAGCCAGGUCGACCCGGUCAACCAGGAGAGCCUGGAUUAGUUGGACCUGCAGGACCCCCCGGUGGUGGUAGUGGACAGCCUGGUCUUCCAGGAUCGAAAGGACCCCGUGGAUACCCUGGACAACCUGGCCCCAAAGGUUUGGAUGGACUUAAUGGACAGCCAGGACCUCAAGGAUACCCUGGUAAUAAGGGUGGCCCUGGUCUGCCAGGACGUCCUGGUGGUGAAGGUCCUCCUGGACCAAAGGGCGAGAAGGGUAACGCAGGACGCGAUGGAUCUCCAGGUCCCCAAGGACCAGUAGGUUAUAACGGACCUCCAGGACCCGAAGGAGAAAAGGGCGAUGCUGGAACGCCAGCUUACGGCAUUCAAGGUCCAAAGGGUGAUAGCGGAAUCAAUGGAUACCCUGGUCAGAAGGGUAUGAAGGGCGAGCGUGGUUUCAAGGGAAAUGCAGGCGUACCUGGCGAUUCAAAAUUGGGCAGACCUGGUAUUCCUGGCACAGUAGGUGCCCCUGGCCAAAAGGGUGAUGCCGGCCGUCCUGGUAAUCCUGGCCAAAAAGGUGAUCUUGGAGCCAAGGGUGAUGCUGGUGGUAAAUGUUCUUUGUGCCCACCUGGUGCUAGAGGAGAGAAAGGCGACCGCGGAUUGAACGGAAUUCCUGGAAACCCGGGAGAACGGGGACCUCCUGGUGAGCGCGGCUAUCGUGGAGAACGUGGUGAUGACGGCAUUGUUGGACAAACUGGUCCUAAUGGAGAGAAAGGUCUAGACGGCCUUCCUGGUGCGCCUGGACCUCAAGGUCAACCUGGUAAGCCAGCAAUUCUGAACCUAAGCUUGAUCGAGGUCGCAAAAGGAGAAAAGGGUCAGCCUGGCUAUCCUGGUGCCGCUGGUGUCAAAGGAGAACGCGGAGAUGCUGGCAUACCCGGCAGCCCCGGAUUGAAGGGCGAAAUUGGAAUCAAGGGAGACAAAGGCUUCGCCGGCCAACCUGGCAUUGACGGUGCACCCGGAGCACCUGGACGUGAAGGUCGUGAUGGAACUCCCGGUGUAAGUAUUAAGGGCGAACCUGGUCGUCCAGGCUUCGACGGAAUCAAGGGAGACAAGGGUCAGUCUGGAUAUAACGGCCCAAAGGGUGAACCAGGAACAUGUGAGGCUAGUGAGCUCAGAGUGCCAGCCAAAGGAAACAAGGGCGACAAGGGUUCAACCGGAAUGCAAGGCCAAAACGGCCCCGUCGGACAAAAGGGAGAAAUUGGUGUAUCUGGACAAAAAGGAAACACAGGACCGCAGGGACCAUCAGGACCUGUGGGACCUCGUGGUCUAACUGGUCCCCGAGGUGAAAAGGGUAAUCCCGGUCCAUUUGGCGCACCCGGUAAUCCUGGAAAAGAUGGUCUUCGAGGUCUUCCUGGUUUAAAAGGUGACCGUGGGCAAAAGGGUGAACAUGGAAUAACUGUUGCUGGACCCCCCGGUCUCCCGGGACAGGAUGGAUUAAUCGGCGAAAAAGGAGAUCGUGGACUGCCUGGAGCUUAUGGACCACCAGGUCCGGAUGGCAACCCUGGUUAUCCCGGAGACAAAGGUGAUGCAGGACUUCCAGGCCCACCUGGUAAUACAGGUGCUUUAGGCCCGAAAGGUGACACUGGACCAAUUGGUCCACAAGGCCAGGCUGGUCCCCCAGGCAGACCUGGUAUUGAUGGUGUUCGAGGACGUAAUGGCGCUAAAGGUGAGCCUGGUAACCCUGGCCUUGUCGGCAUGCCCGGUAGUAAGGGUGACAUAGGAGCUCCAGGAAAUGAUGGUCCUAAAGGAUUUACUGGAAUUGCCGGUGCCCCUGGAAAACGUGGCCCAGCCGGUAUUCCUGGAUUCCAUGGAUUAAAGGGAGAUAAGGGAGCUACUGGAUUAACUGGCCUCGAAGGACCACCUGGUGCAAGAGGACCCCAAGGACCUCCCGGAUUUAUGGGAAUUAAGGGUGACACUGGACCGAUUGGUCGUCCAGGAGCAGAUGGUGUCCCCGGAUUGGAUGGUGAGAAAGGUAACCAAGGCCUUCCUGGCUUAGAUGGCCCACAAGGUGAACCUGGAGAUGCGUCCGAAAAGGGACAAAAGGGCGAACCCGGCCUUUCUGGAUUGCGUGGUCAAGAUGGUAUUCCUGGAGCUCCAGGUCUACAGGGUGACAAGGGCUUGCCAGGUAUUGCUGUGCAUGGACGCCCAGGUGCUCCUGGUGAAAAGGGUGAUCAAGGACGUGAUGGUGAAGCUGGGCGCGAUGGCUUGCCCGGCGAAAAGGGCAAUGCCGGAUAUCCUGGUCAGCCCGGACUUAAGGGUGACAAGGGUGCUGGUGGUGUUCCCGGAGCACCUGGCUUGCCUGGAAUGGAUGGUUUGCCUGGUCAAGUUGGCGCCCCAGGUCCAGUAGGAUUCACCGGAGAAAAGGGCCUUAAAGGUGACCGAGGACUACCUGGAUACAACGGUGCAAAGGGUGACAAGGGCGCUACUGGAUAUCCCGGUCUUAACGGAUUGCCUGGAAUUAAGGGCGAUCGUGGCGCACCUGGUCGUCGCGGUGCAGAUGCAGUUCCCAUCCAAAUUCGAGGUGAUAAGGGUGACAGUGGAGAUAUAGGUCUUGUUGGUCUUCCUGGUGUUACUGGUGAAAAGGGUGACGCUGGCGUGCCUGGCUAUCCUGGACCAAAAGGAGAACGUGGAGUGCAAGGACCACCUGGCCCUCAAGGCUUGAAUGGACUUCCCGGUUUGAAGGGCGACAUGGGAAUACAAGGAGAUGCUGGCUAUCCGGGCCUUCUUAUCAAGGGAGAAAAGGGUCUACCAGGACGCUCCGGCAAGAAUGGCCGCGAAGGUGCCCCUGGAUUACCUGGCUUGAAGGGUGAACGCGGAUUACCUGGCUUGCCAGGAACAGUCGGUUUGAUUGGUUUGCCUGGACCCGAAGGUCCAGCUGGUGCUAAGGGUGAACGUGGCUUGAAUGGUGGACCCGGACGUGAUGGUCAAGAUGGUUUGCCCGGUGCUCCAGGUCUUAAAGGUGAUCAAGGGUUUGUGGGACCGAAGGGUGAACGCGGCUUGCCUGGAUAUGAGGGACAAAAGGGUGAUAAGGGCGAACAAGGACCGGUCGGUCAACCUGGUCUUCCAGGAGCUCCUGGUCUUAAGGGAGAUAUUGGUUUGCCGGGAUUAGAUGGUCUGCCUGGAGCAAUUGGCGCGUCCGGAGAGAAGGGCUACCCUGGACCUAAAGGUCGUGACGGUCGCAAUGGAAACCCAGGCUUGAGAGGCCAGAAGGGUGAGCCCGGCUUGGUGCCACCUCCUGGACCUAAAGGUGAACCCGGUCACCCGGGACGAGAUGGUCAAAAGGGCGACCGAGGCCCACCGGGUGAACGCGGCUUAAUUGGAUUGCAGGGUGAACGAGGUGAGAAGGGUGAGCGUGGUCUGAUUGGCUUGACUGGCACAGUUGGCCGUCCAGGCAUCAAGGGAGACAAAGGCGAGCAAGGUUUAAUAGGAUUGGAGGGUGCCGUCGGUGCUAUCGGCUUUAAGGGAGAACCAGGUUUGCCAUGCACAGGAGCUCAGGACUACCUUACCGGCAUUCUAUUAACGCGUCACAGUCAGAACGACCAAGUGCCACAAUGUGCCUCAGGCCAUGUGCAGCUAUGGACUGGAUACUCACUCCUUUACGUCGAUGGUAAUGACUACGCACAUAACCAAGAUCUCGGAUCUCCUGGCUCUUGCGUGCAGCGCUUCUCUACACUGCCAGUGCUGUCGUGUGGACAGAAUAAUGUCUGCAACUACGCCUCCCGUAAUGACAAGAGCUUCUGGCUGUCGACAUCGGCCCCCAUACCCAUGAUGCCGGUAAACAACAACGAGAUCAGCAAAUAUAUCUCACGCUGCGUCGUGUGCGAGGCACCAGCCAACGUGAUUGCCGUGCACAGUCAGUCCUUGGAGAUUCCCAGCUGCCCCAAUGGCUGGGAAGGCCUUUGGAUAGGCUAUAGUUUCCUGAUGCACACAGCCGUUGGUAAUGGCGGCGGUGGACAGGCUUUACAAUCGCCUGGUUCUUGUCUGGAAGACUUCCGUGCCACACCGUUCAUUGAAUGUAACGGAGCGAAGGGACACUGCCACUUCUACGAGACAAUGACUAGCUUCUGGAUGGUCACUUUGGAGGCCAGCGAACAGUUCCAGAAGCCCGAACAGCAAACGAUUAAGGCGGGCAACCUACUAACGCGCGUCUCAAGAUGUCAAGUCUGCGUGAAGAACUCGUCGUAGGCGACAUUUAAAGCCAAUCGACGCAGGAUGAACCAAAAAACUGCAAUAAUUUUAAUCUAAAUGUAAUGCUUAACUAUACGAUUUGCAAAAGGUACCAACGAACACCCCUUUGUAUACACGCACACAUACACACACACAUACACACACGAACCAACACUGCUACAAAUUCCUUAAACUAACCACAAAAAACGCCCAAGGCCGGGCCCAAUGCCAUUUUUGUAUCUGCCAAUUUUUUCGUUUUCCACAACGUUUUAAACAAAUGUAAAUGUAGUUACGCGUAAGUUAAGUAAAUAAAGAAAUAAUAAAUUAGCCUGGUAUAUGUAAAGUAAAUACAUAUAAAUUUAACA